AUGGCAUCCACACCUGGACAUCAAGAUACCCUGAAGGAAAAGAAUGACAAUAGUAGCUGGGGCAGCAGUAGCACCUCUGGAUUCAUCCUCUUGGGACUGUCCUCAAAUCCUCAGUUACAAAAGCCGCUCUUCAUCAUAUUCCUCAGCAUGUACAUCGUCAUACUCCUUGGGAACUUGCUGAUCAUUCUAGUCAUCCGCUUGGACUCAAGGCUUCAUAGUCCCAUGUAUUUCUUUCUGAGCAUCUUAUCCUUCAUCGAUAUCUGCUUCACCUCUGCCAUCGUGCCCAAGAUGCUGGUGAAUUUUCUGUCAGAGACAAAGGCCAUCUCCUACAUAGGCUGCCUAGUGCAGAUGUACUUCUUCAUGGCCUUUGGAAACACAGAUAGCUAUCUUCUGGCCUCCAUGGCUAUUGACCGCUUGGUAGCUAUCUGCAAUCCCUUACAGUAUGGCAUGGUCAUGAGCCAUGGGCGCUGCAUCAUCUUGGCAGUGGUUUCCUGUGUGAUCUCACACCUUCACGCUCUGCUGCGUGUGCUGCUCAUGUCCCGCCUGUCCUUCUGUGCCUCCCAUGUCAUCAAACACUUCUUCUGUGACACCCAGCCUGUGCUGAAGCUUUCGUGCUCUGACACCUCUUCUAGUCAGGUUGUGGUCAUGACAGAGACCCUGGCUGUUAUUGUGACCCCAUUCUUAUGCAUAAUUUUCUCCUACCUGAGGAUCAUUGUUGCCAUUCUCAAAAUCCCUUCUGCAUCGGGAAAAUGGAAGACCUUCUCCACUUGUGGCUCCCACCUUACCAUUGUGGUAUUGUUUUAUGGAAGUAUCAUCUAUGUUUAUUUCCGGCCCCUAUCCAGUUACUCUGUGGUCAAAGACCGGGUGGCCACAGUCAUGUACACAGUGGUCACCCCCAUGUUGAACCCCUUUAUCUAUAGCCUGAGGAACAAAGACAUGAAACAGGGUCUAGGGAAAUUGAGGGAUAGAAUAAAAUUCUAG